AAAGAGAGAAAACACAAAUACAGACUAAUCCUGAAUUUCAAGACCCCAGUUUUGAAAACCCUGCUUUGCAAUAACCAGCAAGAGCAUAGGCUACUAAUGAGUACUUUAAGAGUGAAAAAUAUAUUUAUUUAGUCAUAGCUUGUCAACAGAGGGCAGUGUAAAUGAACAAACAUGGUUUUCAGAUACCUUCUGCAUGCAUAGAAGACAUUUAUAAAUUAAAACAGUCAUCAGGUGAUAGAAACACACUCCGAAAAUGCACCAAUUAAGCACAAAAUGUGAUUAUUUGUGAACUCGGAGUUGAUCACUUCAGUGUUGAUCACAGGUAAAGCCUAAAGGUUCAAUGUGUAUAGAUGAUUUCAUCAACACAGGCCACCCUUUGAACGGAUGAAAUCAUCAACGUGCAGCACUAUAUAAAAGCUUAAGGAUCCUUGGAGCGAGAAGCAUCUUCAGCUCUGGACUUCAGGUAAGCCUAUAGAUACACUUUCUACAGUCACUGUGAUUUGUUUGUUAACAGGAAGACUUGUUUUGAAAUGUUAAAAAUGUUUUUAGUGUAAAAUGCAUUAUAAAAUCAUCUCUGUCUACCCAGGCAAGUCUCGCCCAGUUUGUAACCAUGACAUUCUCCCUCAUCGCCGUCCUUGUUGUUGCUCUGGCCAUUGGUUCUGAGUCAAUAUCUCUGGUCAAAAGAGAGGCUCCCGCUGAGCUCGAGAAGAUCGCCAAGUACUUCCAAGACCUCGUGGACAAUCUGAAGAAUGUCGAGGGCCCUGAGAUGGCCAACAAAGCCAAGGCUUACUUUGAGGAGAGCACAGCCCAGUUCCAGCCCAUGGUUGAGAAGCUCCAGGAGCAGCUGAAGCCUCUUUCCAACAUUGAAGAGCACAUCAGGCCACUGGCCGCCUCCGUCCAGGCUCAGGUCGCCCCUCUGAGUGACAUGGUCCAGACCCAAGUUGAAGACAUGAUCAAGUUUAUGGCUGAGAAGACCAAAGCCAUCCUGCCCCUCAAAUAAACAGGAAUGAGCGUCUUUACUUCCUUUACAUUCCUUUUUGACACAUUUUGUUUAUAUGUAUGUUUGAAAUAAUAAAAGGGGUUGAAAGUUGACAUCUUUGUCUUCGUGUUGUGGUUUACUUAUUCAGUUAGAAAAGUGACAUUUAGACCGCAGAUAUGUCAUCAGGCAGCACAUGGACGCUUUACUGCAAAAUCUGAAAUCGUGUGGCUUUACUUGAAGAGGAAUUAAAGAUUUUCUGUCCAUUUCUUGUCUGCUUUAACAGAACACAUUCAGACCUUACUGCUGAAAAAUUACAAAGAAUAAAAACAGAGAAAUGAGGAAAGUAUUUAAAGAAAAAAAUGACAUUUUUACUGUAUUAACAUACAUACUUUAAAAACAGUAACACAAAAAAGAACAGAGAAACAUAAAGGUGCAAGUACGCAAACAGACAUUCACAUCUAUUUUUGAAAUAACCACGAAAGCAAAUCAUGACCACACUUAUUUCACACAAAAUCCAAAGGAUCUGCAUCAGUCAUUUAGUUUGGCAGCAGAGGGCAGUGUAAAUAAACAUCAUUUUCUGUGCGCAAUGAAGAUUUUCAUCUCACAGCUCUGAGGUAGACUAUGAUUUGUUGCUUCUUUUGACAACAAAAACAACAAAAUCACUAGUCUUCCACACGGCAAUGGACAUCAUCUUGAAAUAACCAUUUUAGAAGAUGAUGACUUGAGUUUUAAGCCAUAAACAUUGUUCACUUACUAAAAUAGAACUGCAUUAACAGAUCAGAGCUUACAAAACUUAUUUCAUAAAAUGAGUUCAUGUUAAGGGUUUCAGGAUUUAGAUUUUAUUUGUACAUUAGUUAGUAUGGCCUGCUCUCACCAGACAGUGUGCACAAAACAACUUGUUUUAUAAAUAUGUUUUGUCAGAAUUUCUCUGAAGAUGCCACAAAAAUGUGAUUUCUGUCAGCUCACAUCAUCAGGACCAUGCAUUUUCUCAUCUGAAGGUCACGCUGUCGUGAAGGACAAACUGUGAGUCCAUAGUGACCUUCUCCUUGUACAGCGAGAUAAAUAAAUGAGCUUUCUUUAAAAAAAAAAAAGCUUUUCAAGAAUGUCAGUUUUCACAUUUAUGCAUUUACACUAUCUGUCUUUUGUGUCUUUAACCAUUUUAAUUUGUACAAUUUCCGCACUAAAGAUUAAGAUUUUAUCAAAUAUAAAACAUAAAAUACUUUUUAAAUGUGUUUUUACAAUAAUUGAUAUAAAAGAUAAAAUAUUUUUUCCCUUGUCAAUGUAGUCCACUAUUAGACUACAUCCAAAA